GCCCGGCCGCCCCCCCCGCCCCCCCCCCCCGGAAUGGAGUACUUCAUGGUGCCGGCCCAGAAGGUGCCCUCGCUGCAGCACUUCAGGAAAUCCGAGAAGGAGGUCAUCGGCGGGCUCUGCAGCUUGGCAAACAUCCCCUUGACUCCGGAGACCCAGCGGGACCAGGAGCGGCGGAUACGCAGGGAAAUCGCCAACAGCAACGAGCGGCGGCGGAUGCAGAGCAUCAAUGCUGGCUUCCAGUCUCUGAAAACCCUCAUCCCACACACGGAUGGGGAGAAGCUCAGCAAGGCAGCCAUCCUCCAGCAGACAGCUGAGUACAUCUUCUCCCUGGAGCAGGAGAAGACUCGGCUACUGCAGCAGAACACCCAGCUCAAGCGGUUCAUCCAGGAGUUCAGCGGUUCCUCCCCGAAGCGGCGGCGGGCGGAGGACAAGGACGAGGGGAUCGGCUCCCCGGACAUCUGGGAGGACGAGAAAGCCGAGGAUCUGCGGCGGGAGAUGAUCGAGCUCCGGCAGCAGCUGGACAAGGAGCGCUCAGUCCGGAUGAUGCUGGAGGAGCAGGUUCGCUCCUUGGAGGCCCACAUGUACCCCGAGAAGCUGAAGGUGAUCGCUCAGCAAGUGCAGCUCCAGCAGCAGCAGGAACAGGUGAGGUUGCUGCACCAGGAGAAGCUCGAGCGUGAGCAGCAGAUCCGAACCCAGCUUUUGCCAUCACAUGCUCCCCCAGCGCCCACCCACCACCCCACUGUGAUUGUUCCAGCACCACCUCCCUCCCAUCACGUCACCGUGGUCACCAUGGGCCCCUCCUCAGUCAUCAACACAGUCUCCACGUCCCGGCAAAACUUGGACACCAUCGUUCAGGCGAUCCAGCACAUCGAGGGGACGCAGGAGAAGCAGCUGCAGGAAGAGGAGCAGCGACGCGCGGUCAUCGUCACGCCGGCGCGCGCCUGCCCCGAGCCCUCCGCCUCCGACACCGCCUCCGACACCGAGGGCAACGACAGUGACUCCAUGGACCAGAGCAAAGAGGAGCCCUCGGGGGACGGGGAGCUGCCCUGACACCCCCUGGCUGGCAGCCGGGGAGGGGAGCCAGGGCGGGAGGGGGAAACGUCAGAGAAUAUGCUGAAAUUUUUAAAAAAAUACAACGCGAUUUGGGUCUCUUUUAUGACCUUUUUCCAAUACUGUAAAGCAGAGUGUUAGAAGCAGGCAGAGGUCACCCUGCA